AUGCUGUCUUCGGGUGCUGUCUUACUCGCUCUGCUCUGCUGCUGCCUCGCCCUGCUGCCGAGCUCGUCUGCGCUCGUCGCAAACCCGCGCAUCGCGUCGACCGCGAGCGUGGCACGUCGCACAAGUGUGCUUGCGGCAGAUGCGACAGCGGAGCGCAAAGCAAAGCUCGCAGCCUUCAACGCCGAGCAAAAGGCGAAGCGGGCUGCCGCGGCGGCAGCUCCCAGCGGAAAACAGGCUCCGGCCAAGAGCCAGAGGGCCGGCGGGACCGGAGUGGACGAGAAGGCUCUCAAGGCGCGCAAGGCGGGCCUCGACGCGCUCAAGCUCGCUGCGGUGAAGGUGCAGCUCGCAUUGCUCGAGCAGCGGGACGCGCUGGCCGCCAGCGUGCAAGCCAAGGACCAGGCGCAGCGUGCAGUCGCCGAGGCCAAGGCCGCGCCCAGCCGCGCUGUCGCCGGCGCACGAGACGCGGUCGCUUCGGCAAAGGAGGAGGUGGCCAGCCGGGUGAAGGGGGAGCUGGCCGCGGCGGAGGCGAAGGUUCAGGGCCUCACCGACGGCGCCAAGGAGCGGCUAGGGCGCUGA